AUGGAAGUUGAAAAGGCUAAAGAGAUCUUUGAUCAAUUUGCAUCAAUAAAUUCCAAUAAUGAAAAAUUCUUAUCAUUACCUCAAUUUACCACUAUUUUAUCACCAUUAGAAUCAGAUAUUCCUACUAAAUCAUUUUCAAUUUUAUAUUUAUUGGCUGAUAAGGAAAAGAAAGGUUAUGUUACUGAAAACAACUUUGUUGAUUUUAUCACUACUUUAAAUGAUAUUGAUGGUGAAUUCAAGUUAAUCUAUAAAUUAAUUGGUUCGGGUAGUGGAUCAUCAGUUAAAGAAACCAUCAAAUACAAUGAAUGUAUAGAUAUGUUGAAUAAGUUAAAUAAAGCCAUUGAUCCAAACUAUCAACAAAAGAAAUUCAAGAUGAAUUGGCUUUAUUUUAACAAAUCUUUUGAACCAAAUGGUGAAAUCAAUUAUAAUGAUUUCAUUAAUUUGAUCAAUAAUUUACCUUUAACCAAAUUGAUUGGAUCUUUUGAAUUAAUUGCUAAGAAUGGAGUUAUUUCAUCCGAGGAAUUAAUUGAUUUAUUAUCACAAAACUUGAAUCAUAAAUUAUCUAACAAUUUAAAGAAGAAUCUUACUUCCGUACCUGAUUUUUUCAAAAAACAAUCGUUCAAUUUUUCCGAUGUCACUUUCAUUUAUAAUUGCUUAAGUAAAAUUGAUUUAAUCAAUGAAGUCAUUGCUAAUACACCUGCUAAUUCAUCACAAGAAAAGAAUGAUAUUUUAAUCAAUAAACUUGAUUUAUAUAAUCAUUUAAAAGAUCCUUUAUUGAAAUCUUCAAAUUUUAAACCUGUCACUAUGAACGAGUUAAAUUUAUUAUUCUAUUUGAUUAAUAAGAAUGAAGAAACUGUUUCUAGAAAAGAUUUAAUCAAUGUUUUAAACCCAAAUUACUUUGUCAAUACUAAUAACUUAUAUUCAAUUUUUGAACAUCCAGCAGCUUCACCAAUUAUUAAUGAUAAUUUCUCAUUAUGGCCAAUUUUUGAUUCAUUAUAUUCAUUUUUCCUUGGUUCUAUAGCUGGUUGUAUUGGAGCUACUGUAGUUUAUCCAAUUGAUUUAGUUAAAACUAGAAUGCAAGCUCAAAAACAUAAAGCUUUAUAUGCAAAUUCAUUAGAUUGUUUUAAAAAAAUCAUUAAAAAUGAAGGUUUGAAAGGUUUAUAUUCAGGUUUAGGAGCUCAAUUAGUUGGUGUUGCCCCAGAAAAAGCUAUUAAAUUAACUGUUAAUGAUUUAGUUCGUGGUAUUGGUACUGAUGAUUAUGGUAAAAUUACUAUGGGAUGGGAAAUUCUUGCAGGUUCAUCAGCUGGUGCUUGUCAAGUUAUUUUCACUAAUCCUUUAGAAAUUGUUAAAAUUAGAUUACAAAUGCAAGGUGGUAGUAAAACUAAUAAUUUACCUGGAGAAAUUCCAAGAAAACAAUUAACUGCUGGACAAAUCAUUAAAACUUUAGGUAUUAAAGGUUUAUAUAGAGGUGCUUCAGCUUGUCUUUUAAGAGAUGUUCCAUUUUCAGCCAUUUAUUUCCCAACUUAUGCUAAUAUAAAGAAAUAUUUAUUCAAUUAUGAUCCUGAUGAUGCUAAUAAAAGACAUAAUUUAAAUACUUUAGAAUUACUUAUUUCUGGAGCUAUGGCAGGUGCACCAGCAGCUUUCUUCACAACUCCUGCAGAUGUUAUAAAGACAAGAUUACAAAUGGAAAGAAAAUCAACUGAUAUUAAAUAUAGAGGUAUUAUUCAUGCAUUUACUUCAAUUUUGAAAGAAGAAGGAGGUUCAGCUUUCUUUAAAGGUUCAUUAGCAAGAGUUUUCAGAUCUUCACCUCAAUUUGGUUUUACUUUAGCUUCUUAUGAAUUAUUACAAAAAAUGUUCCCAUUAAAUCCUCCAAAUACAAAAUCUUCUAAUUUUAAGACUAUUGUUGGAUAUCCUGGAGUUUAUUCAUUAACUAAUGAUCAAGUUUAUAAUAAUCAAACUGGUAGAAUCAUGUAUUUAAAUCAAUCUAGUUUAUUAAAACAACAUGGUUUAGUUGGUGAUGAUGUUGAUUCAAAAGAUUUAGUUAAAUUACCUGCUAAUUAUGUUUAUAAGAGUCAUGAUGCAAUCAAAAUCUUAUUAGAUAUUGAUUAUAAAUUUGGUAAUUUCGAUUAUCAAUCUUACUUAAAUUUUAUUGGUAAAUAA